AUGGCGUCAUUGACCAUGGCGGCGCUGGUGGCCAUGGCAGUGCUGCUUCCUGGCAAGCAGAUGCUAGCCUUGAGACGCGCACUGGCACACGGAGUGAGCGGGAGUUUCUCAGCCCAGCGCCCACAUCUCGUGGACUCAAUGGGCGACCUUAGCACUAUCGUCGUGGACGAACUGGUCAAGCAGCUAGAUCUUCUCAAGGUCCAAGCCCAGGCAUUGAUCGAUUCAAUCAAAGCGGCCCGCCAGCGUAGUCCCGGGACCUCCACGUCCUUCGGCUUCAGCUUUUUGGAGACCACAUUUGGAUCCCGAAGGUGA